AAUUGUGCCGAAAAUGCUGAUUGGUUUGCUGUCCCAUCAUGGUGGACUUGUUCAUUCUAGAAAAAACGAAGAACAUGGGAUAUUGCUUGUUGUGUAUGUAAACCGUCGUAGAUUUCCAAGAUAUUAGUACAGAAAGAUGCCGUUGGCUGUAAGAGAUUACACAUGGGAGGAAACGGAGAAAAUGGUGUUUCUUACUGUGCCUUUGAAAGGGGUAAAGGCCAACAAAGUCAACAUUCUGAGUUCGGAAGACUAUAUAAAGGUAAGCUACCCUCCCUAUUUCUUUGAGUGCUUUCUAUGUGAGAGUGUUGAUGAUGUGUCCAGUACAGCGCAGAUUGGAAAUGGUGCUGUUGUGUUCAAACUUCAGAAGAAAGAACCACAGCUGUGGAAUCAUUUACAUCAUGACAAGUCAGAUGAUAAAGAAUUCACAAAACGAAUGAGAGAGGAAGCAGUAACACGUAACCAGGAGAGAGCAGAGGUGUCUGCCAAGGAGAAGGCAGAGAAAAAGAAGGAAAAUGAAAAAUACGCCAUGAAUGAAAUGAUGAAGCUUGAACAAGAGGAAAGAGAUAGAAUUUCAAACAUAAAAGAAUCUGAGAAGAAGAAAGCAAUGGAGGAACUUGAAAUUUGGAAAGAGGAACAGAGACAAGCAGCAGAACGGGAAAAAAAUAGGAUCCUCGAAGAAGGAAGGGCAAAAGAAGCAGCUCGUAAAGAGGAGAUGAGGAAAGAAAAGAAGAAGAAAAGUAAAAAUAUUUUUGAAGAUGCUAGUAAUGGAAUGCCAACAAGAGAUGUUGGUAGAAUAGAGAUUAAGUUCACUCCUCGAGUAUUUCCCACACCUGUCAGAGAAUCGCAAUCACAUCUCGAAGACGAAUGGUUGAAAAAGCAAGCAGAAGCCAGGAGAAUUACAGAAAUAGAAGAUGAAGACUUGACAGAGGAAGAAAAAGACCCAAUAUAUCUCAGGGACAAGGGCGUUUCAUUUUUCAAGUCAGGAAAUUACCAAGCUGCUGUCAAUGCCUUUACCACAGCUCUACGAUUCAAUCCUAAAAUGCCAUCAUUAUAUUCAAAUAGAGCAGCUUGCCAUUUGAAAACUAGAAAUUUCUUCAAGUGUAUCGAAGAUUGUUCAAAGGCAAUGGAUCUUCUGAGUCCUCCUGUUCCGCAGAAUGCCAGCAGCAGAUGUAAAGCUCUCGUCCGCAGGGGUACUGCUUUUUGUGAGCUGGAGAUGUAUGUAGAAGGUUUACAGGAUUAUGAAGCAGCUCUCAAAAUUGAUCCCAAUGAUAAGCAAGUGCGUGAGGAUGCUGAAAAAAUGAGAAAAAUAAUUCAGUCAAGUUCAGAAAGCUGACAAAAUGGAAAUGGUAUAUAUUAUUAGAAAUCUGGCAAAAUGUGAGCUGGGAAAUCCUCCAUGUCUGGUGCAAUUCUCCAUGACAGUGUAAAUAAGUCAAAGACUUGUUAUUAAACUUACACUGUUGUCUAAAGGGAAUUGAAGUUUUUCAUCAUGACAAUGAUGAUGAAGAAGAUAAGGUGACGAGUGUUGUAGCAAACAAGUUUACUACAUGUACAUGUGUACAUCAAAAAGAAAAAGUUUUUCUUCCAUUUCAUUUCAUUCUUUAUUAUUAAUACAAUUGAAAACUACAUUCUGUAUAAGUACGUAUAAGGAUGUCUGGUUUUAUAUCAUAUGAAAUUAAAAACUGUGCAUCAAA